AAAAUUCUGUGAACUCCCUUACUCACAUUUCUCAUUGUACUCUCGAUCACUGCAAGCCUUACGGCUUUAGUACCAGUGCAGCCGUCGUGCGUGGAGGUUGGGGCGAGGUCUUCCGUCAACUAGAUUGUAUUCUGACCUGAAGAACAGCAACUGCCAAAAGACUUGAUACGAUGGGGGCAAUGAAGAACGCCACAACUCCUAGCGUGCCUGCCAAGCUUGUUGAUGAUUCGGCUAUUAUUAGCGAGAAGGCAAAGUGCAACAAUAACAAACAGUCUCUUCCUCAUAAAACGGAUGCUGGUCAUAGGGCAGUUGGCAAAGUCCAGUACCAACCAGAAGUGCAAAUCGUCUGGAGAAAUGUUUUGAUUUUCCUUUACCUCCAUGUCGCUGCGUUGUAUGGAUUCUAUCUCUGUUUCACUGCAACUAAACUGGCAACUUUAGUUUGGUCCUUCGCUUUGUUUAUUUUCGGUGGAUUCGGGAUAACGGGUGGGGCUCACCGAUUAUGGGCGCAUCGCUGUUACAAGGCGAAAUUGCCUUUACGUGUCUUUGCAGCUGUGGGACAAACCCUUGCUCUGCAGAAUGACAUAUACGAUUGGAGCAGAGAUCACCGUGUCCAUCACAAGUUUAGUGAGACUGAUGCUGACCCUCAUAAUGCUCGCCGAGGUUUUUUCUUCGCUCACGUUGGCUGGUUGUUAUGCAAAAAACAUCCUGAAGUCAUUCGACGGGGAAAGACGGUUGACGUCAGCGAUCUUUUGCAAGAUCCGGUCGUUUACUACCAGCGAAAGUUCUACAUCCCAUUGGUUUUCAUGUUUUGUUUCGUAAUGCCAACUGUCGUACCUUGGUAUUAUUGGGGCGAGUCGUUGGCAACUGCCUUCUUCGUGGCUUCAAUCUUUCGCUACGUGAUCACGCUUAACGCUACCUGGCUAGUUAACAGUGCGGCACACAUGUGGGGCAAUCGUCCAUACGACAAGGGAAUAAAUCCUGCUGAGAACCGGCUCAUUGCUUUCAUCACGUCCGGUGAAGGAUGGCACAAUUAUCACCAUGUUUUUCCCUGGGAUUACAAAGCAUCGGAAUUAGGAAAAUACAGCACAAACAUGACGAAAGCUUUCAUUGAUUUCUUUGCUUGGCUUGGUCUGGCUUACGACUUGAAAAGCGUGCCGGAAGGAAUCAUUCGCAGCCGCGUUCAAAGAACAGGCGAUGGUACUCACCCGUUCGCUUUGGAAGAUAGUCCUUAUGCCGUUGACGACAUGACAUUUGAAGAAGCACAGUUUUGCGAAAUAAUUCCAAAAGAAAACAGCGAUAAAGAUUUUGAAGUGUCCAUCAUCUAAGCCAUUGCGGGUUCAUCACGUGAUCAGUUCGUAUGCAAUGAACUCGGUUGGAAACAGAGCUGUCAUUCUGCAAUGCUUUGAUAAGGUUCAAUCAAAAUUAUACAUGGGUGUCCAACGGUUGAAAGUUCAAUGUCUCAAUCUCUUCCAGAAAUCUAAGAAACCAAAUAUUCAGCUAUUUUGUUUAUACGCCACUUUCAAAUGUUCUCAAUACAUUUGCUUUUUUUUUCGA